AUGUUCUCUAUUCAUCAAGACUCUCCAUGCAAAUCCAAUGACCCAUCCAGCCUCCAAAGGGCCACCACACCCAAGCUCCAGAUUACCAGUGAUGAUGAAGAAGCUGACAUCCAGGCUAAGAUGGCCAAGUGCAAGUGGUGCAAGGCUGUGAUGGAAGAGGCUGCCUGGCUGGAGGCAGAGAGGCUCAAGAGGGAGCAACUAGAGGCAGAGCAGCAUGAGAGGGAGUGGGUGGAAGCUGAGCAGUGUGAAAGGGAGUGGGUGGAGGCCAAAAAGUGGGAGCAGGAGUGGUUGGAGGCCAAGAGGAAAGAGUAG